AUGGAUAUCGAUGAAGAUCAAGAACCCGAAUACCCUCUCGAUUCAAAAUCAUACAUAAUCAGCGAAGAAAUAGGCCGAGGGACCAGCACCAUUGUUUACAGGGCAUUUUGCGAGCCGAUGAAUACUUAUGUCGCCAUUAAAUCCAUCAAUCUCGAUAAAUCUCUCACCGAUUUCGAUUCAAUCAUGUGCACUCCAACUCUAAAUCAUCCAAACAUCCUCAAUUCCCACUGCACUUUCAUAGCCGCCGACAACAAAAUAUGGGUAGUUAUGCCAUUAAUGUCUGCCGGUUCUCUCCAAUCCUUAAUGUCCCGUUCUUUCCCCACCGGAUUGCCGGAAAGUCAUAUCUAUAUAUUUCUUAAACAAACCUUAAAUCUCUUGUCUUAUCUUCACUCCAUGGAAAUUCUCAACAUGGAACUUAAAGCUGGAAACAUCCUUGUUGAUCUCAAUGGAACAUUCAAAUUUUCAGAUUUCGGUUUGUGGUGCUCUUCUCGGAGGAAGAUGAAGAACAUAAACGGGAAUCCUUAUUGGAUUGCUCCGGAGUUGAUUGAAUCUAAUGAUGGGUAUUCUAUGAAAUCCGACAUUUGGUCAUUUGGAAUCUUAGCUCUUGAAUUAGCUCAUGGAAAAGCACCUCUGUCUGACAUUCCUAUGUCAAAGUCUAUGAACAAGAAGAUCAAUCAGAGAUUUUCUUGUUCGAAUUAUAAAGAAAAUGAUCAUGACAUUACCUUUUCGAAAAAGUUCAAGAGUCUUGUCAAGAAAUGUUUGAAACUAAAUCCAGAAAAGAGACCUACUUUGAAGAUGUUGAGAAAGCAUAGAUUCUUCAAACGAUAUAAAUCUACAAAUUAUCAAGUUGAUAAGAUGUUUGAGCUUUCUACAAAGAUCACAUAUGGGGAAGAAGAAGAUGAUGAAGAAGAAGAAGAAAAAUGGGAUGUUGUUCAUGGGUGGAACUUAAAUGUUGAUAUUAUGAAACUUUUUCCAUUUUAUUCUGAUAAGAUAAUUGAAACAGAAAUGGAUAAGAGACAAGUACAAUUUGGUGACAUAACUGUAUUUGGCACAUCAUGUGGAAAUACCUACCUAGCUACCUAG